AUGGAAGGGCUCACUGACAAGGGCCAUUUGAGCCAAGACCUGAAGGAGCCCCUCACCAACUCCAUGGCAGACUUAGAAUCCAGCAGCCUGGAUUUGCCACCAGAGGCCCUGCACAAGCAGGAAGUGAAGGCCAAGGCGGAGUUAUUCAGGGCUUGGCCGUUCCUGCGGGUCUACAGCUUUGGAAACACGCAAACCUCGACUCCGCUCUUCCCAGGAACAUUAGUGAGGGUUCUCAGUUCAGAAGAAUGUGAGCUGGGCCCCUGGGGCAGCUGGAGCCCCUGCAUGCACAACGGGAAGACCUGUGGCUCGGCCUGGGGCCUGGAGACCCGGGUGCGGGAGGCCGGCCGGGCCGGGAGGGACGAGGCAGACACCUGCCAGGUGCUGUCCGAGUCACGGAAAUGUCCCAUCCAGAGGCCCUGCCCAGCAGAGAAGGGCCCCAGCCAGAAGAAGGGCCGGAGAGACGGGCGCCCGCGCAAGGACAGGAGGCUGGACCGCACGCUGGACGUGAGGCCCCGCCAGCCGGCCGCCUGA